AUGAAGUUUGAUUCUCCAGUCAGCCUUGCGCUGCUAGGCGCAUCUUCUGCCCUCGCCAGCCCUGCUUCAGCUCCGGCGAACUUCACUUCGCAAUGUGCUUCGAUGGCAUCCAAGUUGUCGAUCCCAAACAGCGUCGUCAACUUCGCCCAGUUUGUUACUGGAGGCACCAACCUCAGCCUCGCUGAGAAUGACGUGUCAUGUGCGCAGUCGUCCAUGGUCGUUCCAGCAGACAUUUGCCGUGUCGGACUCUAUGUCGCGACCUCCACACGCUCAGGCUUCAACAUGGAGGCUUGGCUGCCAUCGAACUGGACUGGCCGGUUCUUGAGCGGCGGUAACGGUGGGCUGAAUGGGUGCAUCAAGUACCAAGAUUUGGCGUACACGUCUGGCGUGGGUUUCGCGUCGGUUGGUACCAACAACGGACACAACGGGACAAGGGGUUAUGCAUUCGCCAACAACACGGAUGUCGUGCAAGAUUUCGCAUACCGAGCUAUGCACACUGGUGUCGUAGUUGGCAAGCAAGUCACCAAGGCCUUCUACGGCAAGACACACAAGAAGUCGUACUACUUCGGCUGCUCGACCGGUGGCCGACAAGGCUUCAAAGCAGCGCAAGACUUCCCCGAGGACUUCGACGGCAUCGUCGCCGGUGCACCCGCCGUUUCCUUCAACAACCUCACCUCAUGGAGCGGGCGCUUCUACACCCUCACCGGAACCGCCAACUCCUCCACCUUCGUGACCAGGAACCAAUGGCUUGCCGUCCACGACGACAUCCUAAAGCAAUGCGACGCCCUAGACGGCUACGUCGACGGCAUCCUCGAAGACCCCAUGCAAUGCAACUACGACCCCUCCGGCCUAGCCUGCGCCCAAGGCAGCAACACCACCACCUGCCUCACCCCCACCCAGCUCAAAACCGUAAAAGGCGUCUUCUCCCCCCUCCUCAACGCCGCAGGCGACCUCGCCUUCCCACGCCUCAACCCCGGCGCAGAAGUCUCCGCCUACGGGCCCCUACUAAGCGGCAGCCCCUUCCCCUACACAGUCGACUGGUUCCGCUACGUCGUGUACAACAACGCGAGCUGGGACCCGGCGUCGUUCAACUCCGCAGAUAUCGACUACUCCUCGCACCUCAACCCCUUCGGCAUCGAGACGUGGAAAGGCGAUCUCAGCGCGGUUAAGAAGCGCGGCGGCAAAAUCCUCCACUGGCACGGCCAAGCCGACCAGAUCAUCACCUCGGAAAACUCCCCCCGCUACUACAACCACGUUAGCAAGACUAUGGGCCUGUCGUCCGCGCAGCUCGAUGCGUUUUACCGCUUCUUCCGCAUCAGCGGCACGAAUCACUGCACGGGCGGGAAUGGCGCGCAUGCCAUCGGCCAGGCGUCGAAUGAGAUCAAUAGCUAUAAGCCCGAGGAGAAUGUGCUCAUGGCUAUUGUGGAGUGGGUUGAGAAGGGUAGCGCGCCCGAGACGAUUGUGGGGACCAAGUUUGUGAAUGAUACCGUGGCGUUGGGGGUCCAGUUUCAGCGCGCGCAUUGUAAGUAUCCGAAGCGCAAUAUGUACAAAGGUACGGGCGACGCGACGCUGGUAUCUAGCUGGCAUUGUGUGGAGUGA